AUGCCCGUCGAAAUGGAUCCAACAGCCCAGGGCCAAGAAACCGUAGUCAACGGCAAUGCCCCUCUUGUGAACGGUCACAAGCCGACUGAACAGACUACCGUGCAUCGUCCUCUGCCCAAAGUAACGAUCUCAUAUCCAUCCCAAUCACUGCGAUUCCUUGAAAAGCUUGAAGAUGAGGAAUUAUCCGGCGGUCAGACAGGUCACAGCUCAACAAGCCCAGAGCAAGCACGCCUCACACUGAACGUUGUCAUUGUCGGUGCCGGCCUUGGCGGGCUUGCUCUCGCCAUUGCCCUAUUAAGAAGGGGACACUCAGUUGGCGCGGGUAUCCAGAUCCCUCCAAAUUCCGGACGACUGCUCCACCGUUGGGGAGUCUUUGAGCAUUUGGAAAAGUGGGUGGUCAAACCGGAAAGCGUCAACUUCCGGCGCUGGGAAAACGGCAAUGUCAUUGGCCAUACUGCACUCGGCAAGACGUUCCAGGAAACCUACAAGGUCCCGUACUAUGUGCUUCACCGUGCUCAUUUCCAUGAAGCCCUGCAUCAACGAGCGUUGCAGUUGGGAGUAGUGGUGGAGUUAGGCUGCAGGGUCGUUCAGUACAAUGAGCGUCAAGGUUCCGUUGUACUUGCGAAUGGCUCUAUCGUUCAAGGAGAUCUAGUGGUCGCCGCUGACGGAAUCAACUCAAUCGCUCGUAACUCUAUCCAUCCAGAUGUCUAUCACGAGCCCAAAUUCAACGGAUUCGCAGCAUACCGAGCAACUGUGGACGUUAGGAAGAUGCGAGACGAUCCGGAAAUUGCCUGGAUCCUAGAGAAGCCUUCUCUGAACAUCUGGAUUGGAGAAGAUCGACAUGUCAUGUCAUACACAAUAGCCGCCGGGGACUCAUUCAAUAUGGUCUUGUCACAUAUUGACCAUUCGGACCCGGCCACCUGGACUCAAAAGUUUGCCAAGGAACACAUUCAGGAAGAGUUCAGUGGAUGGGAUCCUCACCGACUGACAUCUUGCAUGUUGACAAAGAUCAUCUCGCUGAUCGACGAAUGCAUGAAGUGGCCCUUGAAAGUUGGGAAGCAGCUGACGUCCUGGACCUCUCCUUCAUCCAAACUGGUGAUUAUGGGUGAUGCAGCUCACGCUAUGCUGCCGUAUAUGUCCCAGGGUGCUGCCAUGGCAGUCGAGGAUGGUGCAGCCCUUGCUGUGGCCCUGAACCACAUCUCCUCUCUUGACGAGAUCCCGUUCGCAUUACGGUCAUUUGAAAAAGAACGCAUCAAGAGGAGCGGCGACAUGCAGAAUGCCAGCACGGUGAAUGGGCUGAUUUGGCAUUUCCCCGAUGGUUCGGAGCAAAGAGCUAGGGAUGCUUCUAUGGCUGCUGAGAUUGCGGGCGAGCCAUUCAACAGCAGCGCCAAUCAGUGGAGUGAUCCCGUCACUCAGUGGUGGGCGUAUGGGUACGACGCUGAGAAAGAAAUGAAGGAGGCUUGGGCCAGAGAUGUUAGUCAAUUGAUUAUGCAGGCCGGGCGAUGGCAGUAA